UGGGGCUGUCAGGUUGGUGCCCAGUCCCUCAGCCCCCAGCACCCUGUCUUCUGCCCCCAGGCCCAUCCACGGUUUCGCAGGAUGAGACCACAGGUACCCUCGGCCCCUCCCGCCCUCUGGGGCCUAGGGCGCCUCGCCCUGCUCCUCUGGCUGUGGAUGUUGCGCACAGCCUGCCACAGGUGUGAUGACCCUCUUGCACCCAGGAAGCGGGCACAGAGGUAGUUGUCUGGGCCGCAGGGCAGUGUAACGCCAGCAGAAGCGUCACUGCUGAGACGACCCCACCACUGCUCCCUCGGCAAGUCGGACACCAGACUGCAUGAGCUGCACCGCAACCGGCCCUGCAGCAGAGGUGAGCUGGUGGAAGGGCUGGGGCCUGGCAGUGGGCAGGCGUCCCCGGACCCCCAAGUAGUCUCUGCCCUGCCCCCACCCCCAGCCCCACGGCCUGGAUCUUGCCCACAAUGGCUGGAGGCGUCCAGAGGCACUACGACCAGGCCCCUGGCAGCCUUCCCACACGAGGAGCUGCCCCUGGCCACGCCCUCCACCGGCCCUGAGGCCACCUAUUCCAACGUGGGGCUGGCUGCCAUCACCAGGGCCGGGCUGGCAGUCACCUCUGGGGUGUGGGCAGGGGCACAGCUGACCAGCAGCUGUGCCAGGCCUGGUCCCGAGGCCAGACCCGUGGUGGCUGAGUAUGCGUGUGUCCAGAAGCUCAAGGGAACAGAUCGGGGCCCCCGAGGCCUGGAGCAGGGGAAAGUUGAGGCGACCCCAGCUGCUCAGGUGGACAUCCUGUAUUCCAGGGUCAGCAAGCCUAAAAGGAGGGAGCCAGGACCUUCCACAGACCAGCCAGACCCCAGGAGUGGGGAAGCGGGUUUGGCUCUGGGGAGUGGCCUGGCCUACGAGGUCCUCCCUCUCAGGGGCCUGGGCAGAGCGAGCCUCCUGGAAAACGCGGAUGAGAGCAUCCAGGAGAUAGGGGCCCCUGGGCACCUGGAACACCCCCAGCUCCAACUCCUACCAGGAGAGGACAUGUGCAGGGCAUGGAGACCCCCUGCUUCCUGUCUCAGCCUGGGGAGGGGGUCUUCAUCCCCUCUUCCCUGAACACCCAAGUACAGAUGAUCCUUCCUCCAGAGUGGGGUGCGACCCCCCCACUUCGCAGAGUCCCCUCCCCCACACGCGGCUAACAGCAUGAAUUCGGGAUAGCAGUGCUGUCAGCCUAUGGGGUCCCUGGGGUCCUGGCUGCCAUGUCCUCUCCAGGGCAGGGUCUCAAUAAAGCCCCAGCUCAGGGAGCAUGAACACUGCUAUACCUCAGCCUGCUCUUCUUGAAAGCCUGGGAAGCUUGGCGGGGUGGGGUCUGGAAGGAGUGAAAACCUCUCCUUGGGAAUGGGCUUCCUCCCGCUAGGGGUGCUGGGUACCUGCGCCCUGUCACCUGGGGCCGCCGGCUGGUCGGGCUCAGAAGACCGAGUGGGGAGGGAGGCAAGCCCUGGCGGGCGGUACUCAGGCCGAGGGGCUCCUCCGAGCGGUGAGCCGGCCCGCAGGGUGGCUACCCCAGGGUGGGACCUGAACCCUGAACGGCAGGGAAGGCUCCGCCACCCAGCCCCUGGAGUUACAUAAGGGGCGCGGGAGGUGGGCAGUCGUGCGUUAAAGA